CCCCGCCUCUUCUGACCCAGCGUCCUCCGCUGUCGGCGGCGGUUCGGUGCGGCGGCCCUUCCGCAGCGGCGAGCGCUGCCGCCAUGGACGUUAACCAGCCCAAGCAGGAGCACUUAUUGGCCUUGAAAGUGAUGAGGCUAACCAAACCUACUUUAUUUACUAAUAUUCCAGUGACUUGUGAAGAAAGAGAUUUGCCAGGUAAUAUAUUUUAUCAACUCAUGAAAGAUGAUCCUUCUACUGUAAAGGGAGCAGAAACUUUGAUGCUAGGAGAAAUGCUGACUUUGCCUCAAAAUUUUGGAAAUAUAUUUCUGGGAGAGACAUUUUCUAGUUACAUUAGUGUACAUAAUGAUAGUAAUCAAGUUGUCAAGGACAUACUGGUGAAGGCUGAUCUUCAGACAAGUUCUCAGCGCUUGAACCUUUCAGCUUCUAGUGCUGCGGUGGCAGAACUUAAACCUGACUGUUGCAUUGAUGAUGUGAUCCAUCACGAAGUGAAGGAGAUAGGGACACACAUCCUGGUUUGUGCAGUAAGUUACACUACGCAGACAGGAGAGAAGAUGUACUUCAGGAAGUUCUUCAAAUUUCAGGUUCUUAAACCACUAGAUGUGAAAACCAAAUUCUACAAUGCUGAGAGUGACCUCAGUUCUGUGACAGAUGAAGUGUUUCUGGAAGCUCAGAUUCAGAAUAUCACUACCUCUCCCAUGUUCAUGGAGAAGGUUUCUUUAGAGCCAUCUAUGAUGUACAAUGUUGCAGAACUGAACACAGUUGACACAGCUGGGGAAAGUGAGUCUACUUUUGGCUCAAGGACCUAUUUACAACCUAUGGAUACACGCCAAUACUUAUACUGCCUAAAACCAAAGCAAGAAUUUGCAGAGAAAGCUGGAGUAAUAAAAGGUGUAACAGUGAUUGGUAAACUAGACAUUGUUUGGAAGACUAACUUGGGUGAACGAGGAAGGCUGCAAACUAGCCAGCUCCAACGGAUGGCUCCUGGUUAUGGCGAUGUAAGGCUUUCUUUGGAGACAAUACCAGACACUGUAAAUUUGGAAGAACCUUUCAACAUUACAUGUAAAAUAACAAACUGCAGCAGUGAAAGAACUAUGGAUCUGGUUUUAGAAAUGUGCAAUACUAAUUCCAUCCACUGGUGUGGAGUUUCAGGAAGGCAACUUGGAAAGCUGCACCCAAGUUCAUCCCUCCAUCUUGCACUUACAUUGUUGUCUUUAGUGCAGGGACUACAAAGUGUCUCUGGCUUAAGACUUACAGACACAUUUUUGAAGAGAACAUACGAGUAUGAUGAUAUUGCACAAGUCUGUGUAGUUUCUUCAGAAGUCAAACAAAGCUGAAGAAAGAAUUCUGUGUUUGCUGGGCCUUUUUUUUUUUAUCAACUCUUCAAUAUGAUUCAGCUGCAAAAACAUCAAAACAUGUGCAAGCAAAGCCAAAUCUCUGUAUGCCUAUAAAUGUAAUUAUGGUUCUUUUAAUUUCUCUGAGCGUUCUUUUGAAUGUUUUAAAAAUGCAUAUGCCACUUUCAGAAGAUUUUUAUCUACUGAAAAGAAAGCCUCUGAAAAAACUGUAGCCCUAGCAAAUUUUACUUCAUUGACAUCGCCUCAGGAUGGGGGGUGAGAUUGAUAAAUAAUAGCACUUUGUACUUAUUUUUGUUACUUUAUUUUUUUACAUAUUAAACCAGUUUUUAAAUUGUGGCUCUAACACAACUGCUUCAGUUUGAAGCAACUGGCCCUUUACAGAGAAGUUCCUGGAAUCCAAAACUCUAAAGGAAAUAGUUCAGGGUACCUGGCACGGCAGCGUAUUUGCAUGGUAUGGGCACAGCCAUAAGAACUAUCAUGUGGUAACAGCAAGGGAUGAGAGAGUGCAGCUGGCACUGAGGCACCAGCAGCUAGAGAGUAGAGCAGCAGCCAAAGAACACACUGGUGGUGGUUCCAUCUCUGGAAAGUGGCAAUACAGCAAACCUGUCCCAGUUAGCUGCAGUCUUGUGCAGAGCUCUGUGUCCCUGCAAUCCAGGGCAUGCUGUGAGCAGGCAUGUUACUUCCCAAUUAGUAGAGUACUGAAAACUAAAGUCGCAGAAAUCAGGUGGGUUUUUUUUAUUGGUAGACUGAGGUGGUCUAAGUUAUUCUUCUUGUCCCAGAGGCAUUUAAGUAGAUUUUUAGGAAAUUGAGGAUAAAACCCUGCAUGGCUGGCCUAGAUAGAGUUCUCCAAAGCCUAUGCAGGAAGAAAUUCAGGACUUGGUUCAAGCACUGAUACUUAUUUUUCCUAGUUUGCUUUAGACAAAAGAUGAAAACAUCUUUGGCUGAAGUAUUUAAGUUCACCCAAAGGUAGCCAUUUAAUAGAGAGAACGGUGACUGACUUUCCUACUUCAAUGCUGGUGGCAUGUCUACUAAACUAGGUAGUUUAACUACUCAUAUAUCUCAGCUACCACAUUGGCACUUAGCAACCUCAGUUUCUGGUUUUUUACUUAAGGCCGCCUUGUGUUUAAAACCUUUAAUGCAGGAGCGGGCUGGAAACUAGGACGAUGCGUGGCAAUCAGUUAGCUGAGGGGAAUGUGCUCGAGCUUGUCUAGACAACAAUUAACAUGAUACAGAGCACAGGGGAGUGGGGGAGGGAUGGCGCCAAGGAAAGGUAACACCUUGCUGUUAAUUGAUGGUAGUUAACCACCAAUCGGGGAUUGCCUAGUAUGCAAGGCUUAGCUUCAAGAACCAAUCUGUUUAAAACGUGCAACUUCUGAAAGUGUAUAUAAACUCGUGAUUGUGUACAAUAAAUUGACAUUUGCUUGCA